AUGCUCGCGACGUCAAUCCCUGAUGUGCUCGCUGAAUCGCAGCGUGCUUAUGGCGAACAGCUCGCUAAUUGCCAAACUUUGAGAGAAGACAUGGACGACGCGAUUGCGCUUCUCAAAGGCGAUCUCGAACAGUUCGCUUCCUCGGUGGGCGAUGCUGGUGGUCAUCGUGCCGAGGCUCCCGAGGGGCACUCAGUCAGGGAUAGGGUGGACGACGGAGCCUCGUCAGAUGGUUCUUCGAACGACUCUGCGUCUAAUGUGGCGUUGGACGAGACCGCUGCUUCCAGUCAGAGGCGGUUGGACGAGAUGGCGGGCGCCAUCGACGCAAAUAUUUCAUCCUCUGUCUUUUCUGCUGUUUCAGAGCUCGGGCGCGGGCUUGCCAGCGCGCUCGGCGGGAUGGUCCAGGCCGUGCUGCCGACCAUCGCGGAGACGGCGCCUCCGAGUCUGCUGAAACUUCUGCUUCCUACUGUGGAGGAACGUCUCUGGAAGAUAAUGGAUCUGUGUUCACUUGGGGACAAGUGGCUGGAAGAGGAUAUUCAGGGCGCCAACGAAAGCCUGCUCCAGCAGCUCUCCACGGUCCAGGAGUUGACCAGCUGCCUGCGUGCAGAAGUCAGCACGUUUUCCGAUCGCAUAGAGGUAGUACAGGCGGCUCGGCGCACAGCUGGCAGCUUUGCGGGUGGGCUUGCCGCUGCCCGGUCCGUCUACGGCGCGCAGGGCCGCGAUAUCGACGUCCUGCCACUUAGCUACGCCAAGUUCGAUGAGAUCGCUGCUGGGGCCGAGGUUUUCGAGCGUCUGGAGGUGCUCGAGUC